AUGGCCAAACUUGAGGGAACCGUACCGAACAAUUUCGACAAACCGGAAGCGGAGGGAGACGACGAGACCCACCGGUGGGGCACUUGGGAGGAUCUCCUUCUGGCCUUCGCCGUCAACCGCUACGGCACCGACCGUUGGGACUCCGUUGCCUCUGAACUUCAGAAGCGGAGCUCCGACCCUACCCUAACUCUACUGACCCCUCAGAACUGCAAGCAGAGAUACCUAGACCUGAAACGGCGUUAUUUAACCCAAAACGACACCGUCAAUAAUAAAUUGUUGAAUGAUGAUAACGUUGACGGCGACAAUAGCAAAGGCUCCGUUCCGUUGCUGGAGGAGCUCCGGAAACUCCGGGUUGCGGAACUUCGGCGUGAAGUCCAACGUUACGAUCUAAACAUCGAGUCGUUAGAGUUGAAGAUGAAGAAAAUGGAAGAGGAGAGAGAAGGGAGCUUGAGGAGCGUGAAGAACAGUGAUGAAAACUCAGAUCUAGAAAAGAAGGGUGAAGAGAAGAGAAAGGACGACGAGGUGGAACCGGAAGAGAAUGUAUGGCGUCAAUCCAUGGCCGGAGAACCGGUCGCCGGAAAUGAAUCGGAGAAGGAUCAUAUGUCGGUAAACGAAUCAAAUUCCACAGAUCUAGAUGGCGAGAAGCUAAGAACCGGUGAUAAAGAAUCAGAACCGGACCGAACCGGUGAUUUUCAGGAAAAAAUUGAUCGAACCGGGGAUGCAAGAGAAGAGCCGGUAGAUUUAAAGGCUGAUUCCGAUCGAACCGGAGAGGGUAAACCUGUUCGAGAGGAAUCAUGUUACGGGAGUUCAGAUAGCAUAGAAAAAGAUCCGGUUCGGGAGGUUAAGGUUGAGCGGGCAAGUGACUCGGUCGGGUUGGUGGACUCGGAGGCCGAGUCAAAGGGAGGGGGAGAUGAAGCGGCAAAAGAGAGUUCCGACGUGCAGAGCUCAGCGAGUAGAUCGAAGGAGGAAAAUGAUAAGAUACAUCGCGGGAGCACGAGUGGUGGUGAACGUGACCACGCUGAUCAAUCAGGAACCAUUAAAGAUUUGCUUGCUGCAUCGCAGCCGUUGCUUGACUUUUUGCAUAAUCUUCGAGCACAUAAGAGCGGCUCAGUUUUUGAGCGGCGGCUCCCGAGCCAGGAAAACUCAAAGUAUCGGAAUUUGAUUCGGCAACACGUGGAUCUGGAAUCCAUCGAAAGUAGAUUGAAAGAAGGUUGGUAUUCAGGCUCUAGCAGCAAGUUCUACCGCGAUCUUUUGUUACUUGUCAACAAUGCCCUUGUCUUCUUCAAGAAGAAUUCCUCUGAGUUCCUUGCGGCCACUGAACUCCGACAGAUAAUUUCAAAAGAGAUGUCUCAGAAAUGCUCCAAGUCAGAUUCUUCAUCUGGGAAACAAAUUUCACUACAAUCCCUAUCCCCUAAGAAAGAAGACGCCGAACCUUCACAUUCUUUGCUAUUAAAGCCCAGGAUAGCGGGAUCAAUGAUAGUAUGCCGUAAACGCAGUUCAAUUGCAGCAAAGACAUCUGCCUCAUCUUCUGGGGCUGAUAGAAAGAAAGAGCAAACGCCGUUGCUUGCUGAAGAGAAGGAUUCAAAGCCACAGGCUUGUCAAUCAUCUGCCAAUACUGAGGAACCUAAAAUAACCAAGAAAAGAACGAGAGACCGGUUUGCUUCCGUUUCAGCCAACUCGAAGAAGAGCAACAACAAGAAUCAAGGUAGCAGUAAUAUCAACAAAAACUUGAUGUUGGAAUCAGGAAAGAACCAGGGAAAGGGAGGAUCAUCCCCUAAUCAUCCCGAGCCCAAAAUUGACAAUAAGAAGAACCAGUCGACAUCAGACUCGAAGAAAAGAAGUGCAGCUAGCUUCUUAAACAGAAUGAAGCAAAGCUCGUCCUCCAACAAUGGUGGGUUGUUAGAUGCACUGAAGAAUACACCACUCACUAGUGACAGUAAUAAUACUAGAGGAUCAGAGCAGAAGAAAAACGACAAUGGGAAGCGCGGUGAAAAGAAAGAGCAGGGAACUAGGAGGAAUUCGGAACCAAGACAGAGAAAGGAAAAGGGCAGCCCAGCAAAGAGGAGUGUUGGAAGACCGCCAAAACGAGAAGCUGCUCCACUUCCUUCAGUGGGUAAACGGGGCCGAGGGGAAACCGAGUCUUCGAAACAGCCAAAGAAAAGAUCAAGGAAGCUAUAA